GCCCUAAACAAAGAUGGCCCCCCGCGUCUUCUCCCCGGAGCCCGGCCGGUCCUAGCACCCGCUGGAAGCUCGGCGGCAGAUCCCCACCGCCUCUCUGUCGCCCUCCCGGCCCCGGCCGCUCCCUGGCGCUGCAUGGCCGAGCCCGCCGGCUCCCCGUGCCGCCCCGCCGCGGGCAGGCGAGAAGUGACCGGUGAGGGAGCGGCGAGAGCCCGCUGGCGGCUGCUCGGACAGGUUCUGAAGAAAAAGCACUUGAAAGAUGUGCAUCUCCAACAAGUGUCUGUGAGAAGGUUCGCAUCUUUCAAUCUCUUUUCAGUAGACGACCAGAAUACUGAAGAGGAAACUGGGACCUGGGUUCAAUAUAAAAGCAUCUUUUAUCCUGAGUAUAGCGUGUCCUUAAGAUUUCACGAUGGACUCUUAAAUGUUAAAGAUGUUCUUACAAGCUUUGACAACACAGGGAAUGUCUGUCUCUGGCCAGCUGAAGAAGUACUGGCGUACUACUGCCUAAAGCACAAUGAAAUAUUCAGGGACCUUGCUGUGUGUGAGCUAGGGGGUGGCAUGACAUGCUUGGCUGGGCUCAUGGUUGCUAUUUCUGCAGAUGUCAAAGAAGUUCUGUUAACUGAUGGAAAUGAAAAGGCCAUCAAAAAUGUAAGUGACAUCAUCGCAAGAAACCAAACUGCAGGCAUAUUUAAGGCUCAGAAAGUGUCAAGCUGCAUUUUACGAUGGGAUAAUGAGACAGAUGUCUCUCAACUGGAAGGACAUUUUGACAUUGUUAUGUGUGCAGACUGCCUGUUUCUGGACCGGUACAGAGCUAGCCUUGUUGAUGCAAUAAAGAGAUUACUCCAACCCAGUGGAAAAGCAAUGGUGUUUGCUCCACUCAGAGGGAAUACUUUAAACCAGUUUUGCAAUUUAGCUGAAAAAGCUGGUUUCUCUAUCCAAAGACAUGAAAAUUAUGAUGAACACAUUUCGAACUUCCACUCCAAGUUGAAAAAUGAAGAAAAAGAUACAUAUGACGAAAACAUCCAUUACCCUCUUCUUCUUGUUUUAACCAAACACAGAUAGAGGAUGAUGCAUUUGUUGUUGUUUUAAGGUGGACUACUGAAAAUUAACCCGUGUAUGUGGAUGGUCAGGAAGUGAGAGGAUUCUGCUCUCCCCUUUUGUUCCCAAGUCAUCAUCAGAGAAAUAUUUUAAUCUAAGUGCUGAAGAAGGUAUUGUGGUUUGUUUCACAGUGUGUAAACACUGAGACGUUGUUUUGGUAUCAAUUUAGAACGCAUUUUUCCAAUUAUAUUCCAGCCAAAAAGCCAUCAGAUGUCAAAUGUAUACAUUAACCAAGGUGUAAAAACUGGUUUCUUUCUCUUUUGUGCCUUUAACCUUGCAUGUACUUUGUUAACCUCUUUAAAUGUUAUUUUGGGGCUAUAUUUAGAAAUACAUUAAUAAUAUACUUUGUGGUUUUUCAUAACUGCCUGUAAAGUUACAAAUGCAUUCACAUUUAAUUAAUAAGGAAAUAGUUGUCAGGAUUUUUUAAAAGAGCACCUUUUUUUUUUUUUACCUUUUUUAUUUUUUUAAUUCCACUGUUGAUUUUUCUAUUGAUGAUUGAAAUGUCCUCAUUUGAUUCAGUGAUGAAGGCUUCUUUUUUUUUUUUUUUAAUAUAUAUGUGUGUGUGUGUGUGAUCUAUAUGAUUUUUUAUUUAUUUAUUUUUUUACCAGCAGGACUUUUCCUUUUCUAGAUGUAUAAGAAAUUAUACAUCAGACAAAAGCCUCAUAAACUGACCAUUUGUCCUUUGGACACAAUAGCCUGCCCAGCCCCUCUGCUCCUCCUCUCCAAUUAUGUGUGAUUAGUCUCAGUGUGUUGUGUCAAGAAGGGGGAGUGUGCUGAGUGCUUAUUAUCUGUUUAGGUACAAGAAGAGCACAUUUAGGUUCUGACUAUGAAUGGAAAGUGAGCCUUUAUCAGGACUAAAAUCUAAAUGCUACUAUUCUAGAAAUCGCUUUUAAAAAUGCAUCCUUUUUUGAUAGAUUCUGAGAAAGACUAUAACAACUAAAGGAUUUUGUAAUGUAAUCAGACUAUCUCACUCAAAUUAGUUUAUAUUGUGAUAUAUCAUGGCCCAAGUAUUUGAUAAACAUUUAAUAUGACUUCUUGUAUUGGGAAAGAAAAAAUCCUACAAAGGGACAGGAAUUAAUUCUUUUUCCCUUAACAUGUUAAUAGAACAUUUUACUAACUCUUAGAAAAAGAGCCUGGAUCAUUAAAGAGUCCUGUAACAGUCUCUUAAGCCAGAACAAUUUUAAAAUGGUUAAAAAGAGAGAGACGGAGAUAACUGAGGGAGGGAGGUACUGGAUGCAAGGAAGGAUCAUGCUGAAAUACAUUAAUUAAAAGAAUUGCAGUUUGGUGAUAAACGUUCUUCCAUGUUCAACAAAUUGGGCAGCAUGUAAACCACAAGUUCAUGAAAGUCACUUUCUCUUCACUCUUCUUCUCAAACAAAUUUCUUUACUACCAGUUUGCAUGUCCUUGUAUUCAGUACUUUUUAUGCUCCAUUAGAGCACCUAGAUGGAUCUCAGAAGGCAUAGGUCAAGUCGCAGUUAGAUCAUACAUUUCUUUCUCACAAAAACUUGAAUUGCAAUGCCAAGUGAUGGGCUAACAUCACAAUAACAGCAAUUUAUUCCUCUUUUGAUAAAAAGCAGCCUAUUCUCAGUGUUAGAUAAAGACCGGGGCAAUGCAAACCAACCAUUUAUACUAGAACUGAGUAGUAUAUCUCCUCUAUAGCUGGUAUGAGUUUCAUAUUCAAACUCUUAUUGGAAGACACUUGUCUAAUAGGAAAUGAAAAGUAGUUGGAAGUAAUUUAAAAUUGCUCUAAAGGUGUCUUUAUUUUCAUUUGUUUUGUUCUGUUUAUCACAUACAGCAAUGCCUUUGUUCUCUGUAAAAACAUGUGCAAGGAAAUCUUUAUGAUCAACAAGGGGCUGUAAAAAAUGGUAAAAUAUUACAAUAUGUGAUCCAUUUAUUUUUGAGAGGGCUUGAAUGUCUGCUGUAACAAUAAUCUAAUAAAUAUUAUUAGUUGC